CAUAACUCACCAGGACAGGUCAGUUUGUAAAUUCCCAACACCGACUCCUGAAGAUUACCAUGGGUAGUAUCGCUUUUGAAUGCACCCUGAAAGAGGAUAUAAAGAAAACACGAGAUUGUCAGAAACAGGAGGUUGGACAUGGGUGAAGUCUUAAUAUGAAUCCGUCAUUGUUGCUGUGCUGUGUGCUGCUCUGUUUAGCCUACUGUGUUACGGUACACACACACAUGAUCAUGGAGGAACAAUACAGCUCUAACCAAACAACCAUCAGCUUGCAAGUAAACAACCAAACAGAUGCACCUUCUGUGCUCAUAGUCGGCCUUUCAAAAACACCUAAGAGGAACAAGAAAACGGAAAAGAAACCAAAAAAGAAAUUCACCAGCAACCGUGUAAAGCGACCUCCGCCCCCGCCGAACUGCGUCCCGCUCUGGAGCAGCUGCAAGACGCCGAACGCGGUGUGCUGCGAUCAGUGCGCCUUCUGCCACUGCCGCCUGUUCAAGACCGUCUGCUACUGCCGUAUGGGCUACCCGAAAUGCUGAACACCCUUUGACAGGGGCCAUCAGUCCCGUGGAGGAGGAUGAUGGGACUGUCCCGAUCUCAAAGCCUUGUUUAUAAAACCCUGUGGGAUUAUAACAACCAAAUAUCAGUUCACUCCAUUUUAUAAUCGGAGAUUUCCUGGCCAGAUAAUACCGACUGAACGUCAGAAGCGCACGGGAGAAAUGGAGAGCCACCUGGGUGAUUACCAAAGUAAAUCACAUUAAAGUUAAUUAUAAGUGUAUUGUUAAAAUACUCACGUUAAUGG